AUGUCGGCAAGCCUGGAGGCUUCGGCCACCUCCCCACCUCCCGGUCCAUCUUACCAGAAAUCUCCCUCACCGAGAUCUCCUCGGUCGCCCAAAUCUCCGCGAUCGCCCAGUUCCGACGCCCCAGGAAGCCCAGCGAACCUAGAGCAGGUUGUCGAGCAAGCCAACGAACAGGAGCAUAUCACGGCAGAUCAAGUCCCUUUCUUUCGUUUCAUCGACGGCUUCGUUGACGAGCAGCAUGCUCGAGUACCGCCAGCUCCAUUGCCGUACGUUCCAGAGCUACAAGUCGACGGCCCCAACGACGACCGCCAGAAUGACGGCCUUGAUAUAGCUCAUCACUUCAUUACGCUGCUUCUCGGCGAUAAGCUCUAUGAGGCACCAAUUGACGAGCCCAAGCGCGUACUUGAUGUCGGUACCGGCACCGGAAUUUGGGCCAUUGAUGUCGCCGACGCUCACCCAGCCGCCGAAGUUACCGGCUUCGACAUCAGCCCCAUCCAGCCUUUCUGGGUGCCACCCAACUGCAAGUUCCACAUUGAUGACGCCCAGCUGGAGUGGACGUACCCGCCCGCGAGUUUCGACCUGAUCCACAUCCGUGCCCUUUACGGCAGCAUAGCCGACUGGCCUAAGCUCUACGGCGAGGCCUUCAAGGCGCUCAAGCCUGGUGGUUAUCUGGAGAACUUCGAAUUCACCAUCAGCCUGUGCAGCGAUGCACCUUCGGUGCGCGAUGACCCGAAACACGUCUUCAAGCAGUGGGGCCAAGUCUUCACCGAGGCCAUGGACCGGCUCGGCAAGACGGCUAAGAUCGGUCUCGAUGGACGCAGAAGCGCUACAUGGAGCAGGCUGGCUUCGAGAAUAUUGUUGUCAAGGAUUACCGGCUCCCCUGUGGCGGCUGGAGCAGAAAUCAUGGGCUGGGAAUACAUCGAGAUCCUGCUUCUGGUCGCCAAUAUGAGGAAGGCCAUUCGUGAUGUGAAACUGCGACCGUACUACAUCGUACCUAAUUUCAAGGUCGCAAACCCUUGGCGGCCGAGUAGCAGGUUGCCCCUGUGCGGGAUUCAUUAA